AUGGCGUCAGCCGAGUUUUUAGAACAGGCUUUGUCCACAAACGUUGAUGAGAACGCCGUUAACGCGAUAGUAGGUUCAUUAGAAAAUCAGUUAGUCACGUCAGUCGCGUCGGCGUCGUCCCAAAACAAUUACGUAAAUGUUAUUCCGUCUCAAAAUUGUAAUAUAACUCCAAACGCGGGCUCUAUAAUAAGUGGACAAAAAUAUAUGACUGACCAAAUUAAUUCUAGUGGUUUAGUGAAUAGUGUUCAACCUAAUAUAGCAUCCUCAAGUGUAACAUUUAACAGUGUACAAGCGUCAACACAGCCAACAUUUACUUCUCUGUCAUUAAGUGGCUCUCCUCUAACGAAUGAGUCAUUGAAAGUGAUAUACACACAAGCACAACAUCUUGGUAACUUGGGUAGCGGCGUCGCGCUCCCAGUUCAGUCGUUGGCUAGCACUUGCAUCGGGCAGACGUCGCAGAGCCAGAUUUUACACGCGGUUUCGGGCGGCAACGUAUUACCACAACAGAGCAACAAAACAAUCGCCAUGCAGAAUCCUCUCGUCAUUAAGCAGGGCUCAAACACUGGCCAAGUGGGUAUGCAGACUGGAAUGGUGACUGUACCAAUGACUGUGAACUCUAGCAUGCCUGCUUCAAUACCUAAUGUGAUGACACUGAACAAGCCUGGAGGGCAGAACGUAGUAGUGACCACACAGAAUUUAGGCUCCGCGCAGCCUGCUAUCAUCCCCAAUGUCCAAAUAUUAAACAUGAGACCUGGAGCGCCCGCAGUGGCGGCUCAGAAGUCAGUAGCUACAGUAUCACCCAGAGUGGUGAUUGGUACGCCUCAAGUUGUUGGUACGAGAGCAACUGCUCCAAUAACGCUGCAAACUCUGCAGAGUCUUCAACCGGGACAGCAGGGUCAUUUGUUGUUAAAGACUGAGAAUGGUCAAUACCAGCUCCUGAGGGUGGGCCCCGCGCCCGCGGCCAGCACUCUCACGGCGCCGCAGGCUCAGACCAUCCGGCUGUCUACCGUGCCGGCACAUCCUGGUGUGGCGACAGUCUCUACCAGUGUGGCGGCGCCGGGUCCUAUACCGGGGCAGAUGCCGGCGCCGCCAAUCGCAGCCCCUGUGGUUGCAUCAGCCCCAAGUGUUGCGGUCGCUACACCCACACCUCAACAACCAAGUUCUACGACACAUAUAAAACCAUCAGAUAACACCAAAGAAAAAUGUCGAAAUUUCUUAGCGAAUUUAUUAGACUUAUCAAGCAAAGAGCCGCCUUCGGUGGAGAUGAACGUAAGGAACCUCAUCCAAGAACUAAUCGAUGCUCAGGUUGAACCUGAAGAAUUCUGUGAUAGAUUGGAACGACUUCUUAAUGCUAGUCCUCAACCAUGUCUAAUCGGUUUUUUAAAGAAAAGUUUACCAUUGCUGAGACAGUCAUUGGUCACGAAGGAGCUAGUGAUCGAAGGCAUCAAUCCUCCAGCGCCGCACAUCGCCUUCACUAACAUACCAGCACCCGUGCAACCAGUCCUUGCAAGUGUUACAAAUUCCAACAUCUCAAUGCGCGACGAGGAUAGCUCGAGCCCCACACUGACGCCCCUCCUGCCGCCGGUGUUGCCUAUAGCACUGUCGACCCCCCUCAUCAGCUCCACUACAAAGACGGUUAACGUAUUACCCGUGACGUCCGCCCCAACGCCUAUCGUACAGCAGCCGGUGCAGAAGAGUGGCGGUACGAUAGCCGUGCUGCAGAACAUCCCACUUCACACCAAGAUCAACGUGAACAAAGUGGGCAAAGCAAUGACUGUCAAUAGCAAGACCAAUUUCCCUCGCUCGUCGGUAGCCUCAGCUGCGCUUUCUACAGUCCUCACCCCUGGCAAAUCCUUGCUCAAGGACAAGGAGAAGAAGUCUUCGGGGCAGUUCUCGCAGCCAUUCGUUGACGAUAAAAUGGCUGGAGAUGAUGACAUCAAUGAUGUGGCUGCCAUGGGUGGUGUCAAUUUGGCCGAAGAAUCGCAGCGAAUCCUCGGCUCCACGGAGAUGAUUGGUACACAAAUAAGAUCUUGUAAGGAGGAAUACCUAGUACCGACGAGUUUGAUGCAGGCUCGCAUUAAGGCAAUUACAUCGAAGCACAACAUGGAAGAAUGUCCACCGGAGGUGGCUAAUCUCAUCAGCCACGCAGUGCAAGAACGAUUGAAGACACUCGUGGAGAAGCUGUCCACCAUCGCGCAGCACAGAAUCGAUUUGCUGAUAAAGUCUGAUAAUCGCUAUGAAACAACCCAAGACGUAAAGAGUCAGCUCAAGUUCUUAGAAGAAUUGGACCGCGUAGACAAGAAGAGGCGAGAGGAUUCUGAGAGGGAGAUGCUGAUGCGGGCAGCCAAAUCUCGAUCUAAAAACGAAGACCCGGAACAGGCCAAACUGAAGGCUAAAGCGAAGGAGAUGCAGCGUGCCGAGCUGGAAGAGCUACGGCAAAGAGAGGCCAAUCUGACUGCGCUACAGGCCAUCGGGCCCAGGAAGAAGGCUCGUCUCGAUCUGCCCGGUGGCUCCGGUGACUCCAUUUCCAAUGGCGCUGGACAUACUGCUGCCCCAGGCAUUGCCGGCCGCAGCCAGCUAGCGCUCCGCACGCGCCUGAAGCGCAUCAACAUGCGAGACAUGAUCUUCCUUCUGGAGCAAGAGCGGGACACGAGCCGUUCCGUCAUGUUGUACAAAUGCUAUCUCAAGUAA